GAGAGGCAAUCGCACCUUGCUGCUGUGAGCUGAGGUGGUUGAGGAUAAACGAAGGGAUUAGCUAGGCUAGGCCUACGAUAAUAGAUUGGUGAUGGAAUAACAUAACACAAAACUCCAGUAAGUUUGACAACCUUUUCCGAGAAGAUGGAAAGAAGAAAACUACAUAUUACUAAUUACUUACAUACUAUUAAACAUGGCGUAUAAUAAGCUCUACAAACUCUUCGAUCAGUACUGUCAAAGGUUGACAACGCAUUGGCAGCAGCUGACAACUCUGCACAGAGCAUUUGUUUUGUCGGGCCUAGUCUUUCUGCUGAGCUGUGUAGCAACGCUACCCGGUUUGCUGACUGUUUAUUUCUUGUCGAUUCUGUCUGCACUCGCUAUCGCCAAAACUUUAAACGAAAGCAAUUCUUUUCAGCCAUCAAAUAGGCUUCUGAAAUAUGUUUAUUUUGUGUGUAACUUUUACUUCCAACAAUUACCUGAACUUCAAAUGCAAUGGCUCCAUUGGAAAAUAAAUACCGAUCAGUCACCGGGUGCUGCUGAACGUGGUAGGACGAGAAAAAUUCAGACAGACACAUACGAAAGGCACUCUGAAUCCUCAUAUCAAAAACAACUAUGUGACACGCAUUCUGAAAAUUUAAAACAGCUUUGUUCUCUGCCAAAUGAAGAAAUACGUUUUAGAAAUCACAUUUUUAAUGACUUCAUUUUAUCAUGGUAUACAUCUCUGAGUCUGCAUCAGCAGGUUCCGGAUGAAUUUCUGGUGCAUAUUACAUAUUUGCUCAAAUCAUUUACAAAUUAUUCCAAAAAAAUUGAUGUAUACACCACUGUUAAUCGUAUUUUGUUUGAACUGCGAAAACAUCUAUGUCAAUAUCGAACAAGUUCCUUGAAACUAAAGCAAUUACCGUUGAAUAGUCGCUCAACUCUUGCUGAUGUCUACGCCAAUCAUUUUAAUCUGCAUCCAGCAAUUCAAGACCAAAGAUUUAUGGAAGAUUAUAUACGUCAAGUAACUAAUGUGUUGAUGUGGUGCCUUUUACCUAGUCAUGUUUACAGGUGCUAUACAGGGAAUUUAUUACUCCAGGAAAUUUUAACAUGCAAUGUUUUUAUAAGUUUAACCGAUUUAUUAAGUGAUCCUAAUACUUUGAAUGAGAUUAUUCUGUUAGUCCUUAAUGAUAAUGUGUCAAUGUCAUCUGACUUACUUUAUUUAGUAGGAGGACUACCAGAAUCAUUUGAUGAAAGAAGCGUUCAAACAGAAGUAAAACAUAAAAGCUCGAAAGAUUUGAAAGAGUGCAAAAAUCUUAGUAACCAGUUUGUAGCCAAAAAACAAAACACUUCUAAUAUACCACUAGUAGAUGGAGACAAUGACCAGGAAUUAAAAGGAGAGGAAUUAAGAGAUAAUUACAGUUCUGAUUCUGAUGAUCAGAAAGUUUUGCAGACCUCCCAAAUUGCUAGUAGACCAAAGUCUUUGGAUUGGAUUAAUCCAAAACAACAAAAUUCUCUUUCUGCAAUAAGCCAGCAAGGUUUUCCCAGUUCACCAACAAAACCAGCAUUAUAUCGUUCUAAAUCAUCUCCUGUUAUAUCACUACCACCAGUAAAAUCAACUUUUAAAGCAAAUAUCAAAAGUGAAAAUAGUUAUGUUGUUCCUAUGACAGAAAUGGCACCAAGUGUGUCUCUCAAAAGAAGGGCAAGUCUCACUUCUCUAGUCAGUUUUCAGAGCAUCCCAGUUGAAGAGGGAGAUGAUGAACUCUGGUUUUUGGAAGGAGAGGAGAAUGUUCAGGAUGUGUUUGUCAUUCCUAAAGAUCCAGGUAGAAUAGGCAUUUCUGGUACCCAGGAUGAUCAAUUAAUUAUGUAUGGUAGGCCUCAUGAAGGAUUUGCAUCAGAUACUCUGAAAAUGCUGCAUGGCAUGAUGGACACAGCUCUGUCAAAGCUGCCAUCAAUGGAAGCUAACCCAGCAGAAAAAAUAGAUGAGGAAGAUGGUGUUUUCACCAACAUCAUUGAGAACAUCAAACAAUGGAAAACUUCAUUUGAAGAUGAUUUACUGGAUGAAAAUGAUCUGGUUACAAAUGAGAAUAAACCAUCUGAAAAAGUUGAAUCUUUGAAUGGUUUGGUGCUUCCAGAAGGUGACGACCAGUCAAAUUGGGGACAUGAUUUUUUGAAUGAACAGGAAAAGAAGGCACCAUCAGUGUCAAAAACUCGACACAAGGAUGUAAAACAAAAGGAGGGUCUUAAGCAUUGUAAUUCUCUAGCUGUAAGCCAUCAUCAGGCUGACGACGAUUCAAAGUCAGCACGGGAGACAGCAGCUGAUAAACGUGCUAAGUAUGGUUUGUCUCGUAGCAAGACUCUGGCAGUGUUGGAAGGCGUGACAGACCAAUAUUCUGAUAUCGAAAAGGAACGCAGUGUGUGGAUUCAAAGUAUGCUAAUUAUAGAUACUGAGACCAUGAAAGACCAGAGAAAUAUCAGUAAGGAUUACACUUUAUAUUGUAUAAAGUAUCAAGCUCUAAUAUGGAAGGGAGAUGAACAGCCAACAGAAGCUAAAACACAUUUGUUAAAGAGAAGGUUCAGAGAGUUCACCAAUUUGCAGAGUAGAUUGGAAGAGAAUCCCCGAUUGAAACCACUCCUUAAAGGUAUCAGGGAUGUUCCACGUAAGCUUCAGCUGGUCAACAGAAUGAGUGAAGAUGUUGUGCUGCAUCGAAAACAAAGUCUAGAGCGAUAUCUACAGAACCUAUGUAGCAUACCGGCAAUAUGCAGCAGUAGAGAGUUCCAGGAGUUCAUCGCAAUCGAGGGAGACACACACAUCGAGUAUGUGAAGAAGGCUCCAGAGAUUGUGCCUAGGAUUGAUAAGGAUUCAUAUUUUAAUGAGCUUGAAAAGGAUUCUUACAUAGAUGAAUUAGAGAAGUUUUUUAUGCGAGGGAUGUCGGGCAUUAUGGGAACCCUGAAAUCCAAGCUGCCAAGUUCAACAGCCUUGCCAGCCAAUCCAGCUCUAGCUGGUGUAGAUCAAGGCGAUACCAGCCAACAUAGCGACAGUGCACCAGAAACGUCAACGUCAACGUCUCCGUUUGCUGAGGUCGAAAACAGUGGGCCACAGAGAUCCUAUGACUUUAGAGCUAGAGAUACUAGUGUUGAAAAGAAUGUUGAUGUUCUUCUGAAGAGCUUUCUUGAAAGUAAAGCAAGAGAAGCCUCCAUUGAUCGAGCAACUACUCGAGAGGCUAUUCGACAAAAAUCAAAGCCAAAAGAAGCAAAAAUACAAGAUGUGGAGGAUGAUAAGAAUGAACUUAACUAUACUGAGAUCCCAUUGGCUGAUAUGGCCAUGUGUCUGACUUGCGAGAUUCUGCAUGAUUAUGGUAAUUGGAUUGUGAAAGAAACCACCCAGCAGAUUGUAGCGGUGGCCUUUGGAAAACUUCUAAAUAAAUUGCUUGAGGACUCUGUGGAUGAGCUUCUAAAGGAAGAUAUGUGUGCUCGUUACCUCAGGCUCAUUAGAAAGUCAUUAUGGCCAAAUGGGCAACUACUUUCCCAACAGAAUCCACCCAAAACCGAUGAAGAGAAGGAGACAGCUAGAAGAAAUGCCUUCCAUAGAGUUAAAGACUUCAUACCAGGUAUUGUCAACCAGGUAGUUGGUGAAGAAGAACUAGAGAAUUGCCUUCUGUCAGUCCAUGCAUCGCUGCAAGAUCCAAAACUUAAUAGGCAUCUGGUGUUUACUCUCAUUGAUAUUUUACUGGAUGCAUUCAUACCAGGAAUUGAAGACCCUAACAUUCGGGAAAAGUUUAUUCAAGAAGCUGCAUUAUGAUGAGAAUUCCACAGUAUUAUUACUAAUGAGCAGGGCCCUCGUGAAGCGAUGCACUCAUUACCAAGAAUGCAAGAUCCUGACAUCGGUAAAAAGUUGAUUCAAGAAGCUGCAUUAUGAUGAGAUUACCAAAUUUUUACUAAUGAGCAGUGCCCUCGUGAAGUGAUGUACUCGUUACCAGGAAUCCAAAAUCCUAACAUUGGUAGAAAGUUGAUUCUAGAAGCUGCAUUAUGAUGAGAUUACCAAAUUUUUACUAAUGAGCAGUGCCCUUGUGAAGUGAUGUACUCCUUACCAGGAAUCCAAAAUCCUAACAUUGGUAGAAAGUUGAUUCUAGAAGCUGCAUUAUGAUGAGAAUAGCACAGUACUACUGAACAAUGCCGUCAUGACUUUGACUUUAUACCAAAGAUCCUAUAAUUACAAGAUAUCACUCACUGCAAUUUUAUGUAUAACAAAUAGAAGCUUCGAUGUUCAGUAAUAAGAAGCAUAAAAGUAAUUGUUUUUGAGAGAAGGCAUCCAUGUUACCACGGUUGUUGCAUAAUUUGGAAAGCACACUACACUGCAUUGUUACAGAAUUUGCAUGCAGAAAUCGCAGAGAAAGCUUUCUUAUUAUUAUAUAGUCUUUGCUUUCUACCUAAUUCAUUCCAGGAAUUCAUGUUAACAUACAUAAAAUGUGAAAUCAAGAAGUUGCAUGCAAUAUAAAUGAGAAAACCAGAACACUGAUGAACAGCUACUUGUGAAUAAACUGACAUUCCACCAGAUGCAUUGCACCAGGAAUCCAUGAUCCUAACAACCAUGGAAAGUUUACUCAAGAAUAAGGUGUAGUGAAGUGCUCAAAUGUGCCCUAGCCCAUAAUGAGAAUGCCACUGAAUGGAUGAACAGCGCCCUCAAUAUGCCUGUACUGUGUUAACAUUUUAAGUGAACCUCUUGUUCAAGCAAUUUGUUAUCCUGAUUCAAAGCUAAAAUUGAAGAAUUUGGUGAAUACUUGUGUAUUGUUUAAACAUCAAUUUUAUUUAUUUAAUUGAUGUUUUAGAUGGGGUGUAGCAUCUGUUCUGAGUCUGCAAACAAGUUAGCUAUAACAAAUAUAUCAAAGACAUUUUGGUGGAUGAGAAUUUCACAAAUAAGUCUAUUAUAAGGCCUAAAAUGUUGUAGGCUUAUAUCAUAGAUCAUUAUUUUAACUGUUUACAUAAUAAUUUAGGUGGCAAUUUGUUAUAUUAUUCCAUAUUAUAAACAUUCUAAUAUUCUCAUUUUAUUUUUGUUUUAAGAAAUUAAUAUUAUUUUUUAAUGAUGUUUUUAUAAAGAAACUUAUUUAGUGAGAUUUAUUUAAGCUAAUCAGUGCAAUACUUUGGUUAAAAAAGCCACACAUGUUUAAGAUACCAUUUUUUAAAACCAAAAACCCAAAGAUGCUAAAUCAUUCUUUUUACUGAUGUAGAACUGAAUAAAUAUGCAUAAGCAAAAAAUGAAAUGAAAUAAUGGUGUAUUAUUUUCUAUAAAUCUUUUUAAUGAAAUCAUCAAAAUAUAUUAUUUUGUUAUGUUUUGUUCAUUUCUAUACCAUGUAAAAUUGCUGAAGAAUUUCAAUAAUAUAAUGGCAAUUUAUAUGACCAAUCCGUUUUAUUCCAAAGUGCUAAAAUAGUUGGUUAAGUUUUGAUUUUGUAUGCAACGUAGAGAAAAUCAAUCCAAAGGAAUUGACUACCAGAUAUUUGUGUUUUUGAACAAAAUUCUGUUUUCUUUAUAAAUGAAUUUGUUUCUGAAAUUUAUUUAAUAAAAUGAUUUAUUUAAUGAAUAUAGAUUUUCAAUAUGUAUAUAGUAUUAUAUAGUGUAAUGAUGAUGCAAUAUAAUUAAAUUGUGUUCUUCAUGAAUAUUAGAAUGUUGGUCAUAGGUCAGUGACCUACUGAGGAUGGUGUUAGUGGUUGCUAUAGUGAUUCUAUCAAGCAUUUCUGUGCACCAUGUCAUUUGUGUUGAUAAGGCAUGUUGUAUAAUUUCUUAAGUGUUUGCCAACCAAUGCUUAAUUGGCCAGAAAGAAUAACCAGGCUGUUAUUCCCAAGUAUUAAGUAUUAAUAUAACAACAUUUCACUGGCCAAUUCCAACUGGUAAGAGGUGUGAUAGUGUCUAAUACUUCCCUGUACUUGCCAAGUUUAUGUGUACACAAGGAAAAAGGUACUACAGUACCUAAAAUCGACUACUGCACUCCUGCCUACGUGAACCGAUGUUGCCCUCACAGAUCAAAAUGGCAAAUUUAGACAGUCGGUUUGCUGGUUGAUGUAUAUUAUAUUUAUUUGUAUAUGUAUGUGUGUAUAUAUAUAUACAUAUAUA